CUCGCUCGAUCGGCCGCCGAGUUCGACGGAAGCUAGCGAAGGGUAAAGAGACGACGACGAAGGUGAAGAUGGCUAUGGCGGCUAGUUCAUGCCGGCGACUUGGCCAACGGCUGGAGCUCGCUGCCGUGAUCAUCGUCGUGACCUUCUUCUUGGACGGUGGGCCUCGCGCGGCGAUAGCGCAGGGAGGCAAGGACGCCAGCGUGUUCAGGAUCCUUCAGAACGAGGCCCAAUUUUCCAUGUUCUACAAGGCGCUGCUAGAUACCACGGAGAUCUGGAACGUGGAGGGUCGCACGCAGAUCAACGGCUCCCAGCUACUCCUCUUCGAUCCCACCAACGCAACGCUGACCGCCGCUCUGCCUGGUGGUGUCGUCGUUCCCAUCUCACCGAGGGUGGAAUCCGUGCAAGAUCUGCUGAACGUGAGCAGAGAAGGCAAGCUGUGGACUGUGAAUGGCAAGGCCAUCUCCGUCAGUCAGCAGGCGAGCGGCUCAAUCACUCUCACGGGAGAUGACGGCCAAGAGACGCUGACCAUCGAGAAGGCUAGAGUCGCAGACCCGACAGUGACACUUAUUGCACUGGAGGAGAGUGUCCUCGUCAACGGGGAAACUGGGGACAAGAUCUUGGACACGUGUUUUGCCGACGAGGGGUUGAAGCCAUCCACCGCGCCGCCACCCUCCAGCCGUGCCCUGCCAUCGUCGGCGCGAUCUUCCGCACACGCUUCCGCCUCCUCGCGCACCGCGCCGGCGAGUGGUGCUGCACACGCUUCCGCUUCCUCGCGCGCUGCACCUGCGAGCGGUCCCUCCAAGCGCUCGAGGAUGUUGCUGUACUAAAAAAGUACAUCGUCCGUCGUGGUGACGCUUCAUGCAGUCACAUUCUUUUUUCGAUGUUUUCUUUUUUAACGCACACACAUUCUUCGGAAUCGUAGUAGUACGAUUUGCUUUUACUUCUCUUUUGAUUAGCAUUUCCACAUUUCAUUUACUGUUUCCACAUUACGCCUGUUAUCUGGCGAAAAAUAAAGCGUAUGUAUUCGGUCAGGUAUUUAGAAUGUAUACGCAUGCACACACUUGCUUUACACAAGCACGGAGCUUUUCCGCCUCCUCCGCGGCCGAGUGCGGGACGCUUUUUUUUUUUUUUGAGGGUACUAAAUAAAAAGCCCACAGCUCU